AAUGUUGAGUUAGUAAGUACUGAAUUCGAAGAAAAAACAGAGCUGAAAGAAGAAAGCAAUAUCACUCAGGAGCUAAGGCAUUGGGCCUUAAAACACCAAAUUAGCCACGUUGCUUUAACUGACUUACUUUGUUUACUAAAAAAUGAAGGCUUAACAUCAUUACCAGGAAAUAGUAGAACUUUGUUAAGUACACCGAGAUCUUGUGUCAUUGUUCCAAUGGGAAAUGGAGAAUUUUGGUACAACGGAAUAAGGAAGAUUUUAUUAUCUCGUUUAUUCCAAGAGAAAAACCUAGAAUCGGUAUCCCUAAUUUUUAAUAUUGAUGGCUUGCCUCCAUUUAAUAGUUCUCCGUUACAAUUUUGGCCGAUACUCCUAAAAAUUCAUGAAUAUCCUUGUGAUCAACCCAUGGUGGUGGCUAUUUAUUGCGGAGAGUCAAAACCUCCAUUAGAAGAAUUUUUGCAUGAAUUUGUAACGGAACUAAAUGAGAUUUUGGAAACAGGAAUUCAAGUUAGUCAGAUGAGGGUAAAAGUAAAAAUUAGGUAUUUUGUAUGCGACACUCCAGCACGAAGCUUUAUUAAAGGAACUGUAGGCUUUAAUGCGAAGCAUGGUUGCAUAAAAUGCACCGUUACUGGAGAAUAUGAUAAAGAUGGAAGACAUAUGAGUUUCUCAAAAGUUGAUUGCCCUUUAAGAACGGAUGAAAGUUUUCGUAGGGCUCUAGAUGAAGAUCAUCACAAAGAAGAAUCUCCCUUAAUAAAACUGCCAAUAGAUAUGGUUGAAGAUAUUAUCAUAGCAGAUUCCUUACACCUAUUUGAUUUAGGAGUUAUGAGAAAAUGUCUAUAUGGAUGGGUUUACGGAAAUUACAACUUUAAAACAAAAUUGUCAGCAAGAGAUAUAAAUUUAAUUUCCGAAAAGCUCAUGCAAUGUAAUAGCACAAAACCAACCGACAUUCAUAGAGCUAUUAGACCCUUGAAAUAUCUUAAAAACUGGAAAGGCACUGAGUGGAGAACUAUUUUACUUUAUUUGGGACCAGUCGUGUUAAAAGACUAUUUAUCCAGCGCUGUUUACUACAACUAUUUGCUUUUUUUUUGUGCUGCUACCAUAUUGUCAUCCAAAGUCCACUUGAAAUUUAUUAUAGUUGCAGAGACACUCAUACUAGAUUUUAUUGAAACUUUUGGAAACUUAUAUGGUUUGGAUGCCAUUAGUAGCAACGUACACAAUCUCUGCCACGUUGUAAACGACGUUAAAAAAUUCGGAUCCUUAAGUGAAAUCAGCGCCUAUCCUUUCGAAAAUUUUCUUUCACGUUUAAAACCUUUAGUUCGUACAGGUAAUCGGCCUUUAGCACAAAUUGCAAAAAGAGUCGCGGAACUUCAUAAUUCCAACAUAGAAAUUGGUUCUAGAAAAACACACAUAUCUACACCCUAUGUUAAGCAUGAAAAACAAAAUCAGACUCACCAAUUGCCUGGUUGUUAUAAAGUUUAUAACACCGUGUAUAUUUUAGAGAACCUUUUUCUAUCCAAUAGUGCUAAAAAUAUGUGGUUUUUGACUAAAGACAAUACUAUAGUAAAGAAUACAACGAAACCCUAG